GAAAAAGGCCACCUCCCGUUUUACCGCAGGCGGAACGAGGCCAGCAGCCGUGUUGGAUUCUUCCUCCCAUCUCCUGUUUUCUCGACGAAAUGAUUGAAGUGCGAGACGGAGGAGAGCCCCAAAAACCUCCUCGUUUUCCUCCUCCACCUAUAAAUACCACUCCCCCGGUUUUUUCUUGAUCUAUUUCUCGCUUGCUCGAUUCUUCGGUCCCCAGGAGUGAGGAAGAGAGGGAGUCAGAUCUCUGAUAGAGCUCUUCCGAUCUCCGGCCGGCGGAGGAGGGAGGUGGGGAGCCAUGGCGGCGUCGAGCGCGGACGACGUGGAGCUCAGGCGGGCCUGCGCCGCGGCCAUCGGCGGUGGGGGAAGCAAGGAGAACAUCGUGCUGGCGAUCCGAGUCGCCAAGGGCCACGGGAUCUUGGAGAAGCUUGGCCGCGUCGCCAAACCUAGGGUUCUUGCCCUCACCACAGCUAAAAAUUCAUCGAAGGGUCAGAGUGCUAAAGCUUUUCUCCGUGUCUUGAAAUAUUCAUCUGGAGGAGUACUCGAGCCUGCAAAACUCUACAAGUUAAAGCAUCUUACAAAAGUGGAGGUUGUUUCAAAUGAUCCUACUGGCUGUACAUUUAUUCUGGGAUUUGACAAUCUUAGAAGCCAGAGUGUCACCCCUCCACAAUGGACAGUGCGUAACAUAGAUGACAGGAACCGGCUUCUUCUCUUCAUUUUAAACAUGUGCAAGGAGAUACUGGGUCGCAUUCCUAAGUUUGUUGGGAUUGAUGUUGUUGAGAUGGCUAUUUGGGUAAAGGAAAACACACCCACGGUGAAUAGUCAAGGAAACAUCCAAGAUGGGCCAGCUGCAUCUGUCAUGAUGCAAAGGGACUUGAAAGUUACUGUUGAGAAAGACCUUGUUUCACAAGCAGAAGAAGAAGACAUGGAGGCUCUUCUUGGCACGUAUGUCAUGGGCAUUGGUGAAGCAGAGGCAUUUUCGGAAAGAUUGAAGCGAGAACUUCUUGCUCUGGAAGCAGCAAAUGUCCAUGCAUUAUUGGAAAGUGAAUCAUUGAUAGAGGAGGUACUGCAGGGACUAGAAGCUGCUUCUGUAUGUGUCAAUGAUAUGGAUGAGUGGUUACGCAUUUUUAAUGUGAAGCUUAGACAUAUGCGAGAGGAUAUUGAAUCGAUUGAAUCCCGUAACAACAAAUUGGAAAUGCAAUCUACAAGUAACAAUUCACUUCUGGAUGAGCUGGACAAGUUACUUGAGCGCUUGCGUAUUCCUUCUGAGUUUGCAGCAUCAUUAACUGGAGGUUCUUUUGAUGAGGCACGCAUGCUUAAAAAUGUUGAAGCAUGUGAAUGGUUGACAGGGGCCAUUCGCAGUCUUGAAGUGCCAAAUCUGGAUCCAUGCUAUGCGAACAUGCGAGCAGUUAAGGAAAAGCAAGCAGAGUUGGAGAAAUUGAAAAAUACAUUUGUUCGGAGAGCAUCAGAAUUCUUGAGAAACUACUUUUUUAGUUUGGUAGACUUUAUGAUAAGUGACAAGAGCUACUUUUCACAGGUAUAUUCUUGGCCUCUCUUUUUUUCAAAAAAGAAAAAGAAAACUUUUUUUUGGGUUUUCUUGAAAAUCAAAUAUGUCAAUUGGUCAAUUGAACUUCAUCUUGAGGUUCUUGUGGAUGGUAUACAGCGAGGGCAAUUAAAGAGGCCCGAUCAUGCAGAUCUAAGGUAUAAGUGCAGGACUUAUGCACGACUGCUGCAGCACUUAAAGAGUCUCGACAAGAAUUGCUUGGGCCCUUUGAGGAAGGCAUAUUGUCAUUCCCUCAACUUGCUCCUUCGUCGAGAGGCUCGUGAAUUUGCAAAUGAACUUCGUGCAAGUACCAAAGCAUCAAGAAAUCCAACUGUUUGGCUUGAAUCUUCUACAGGUUCCAGUCAAACAGGAAAUAGUACAGAUACUUCCACAGUUUCUGAAGCAUACUCAAAGAUGCUUACCAUCUUUAUUCCACUUCUUGUAGAUGAGAGUUCCUUUUUUGCACAUUUCAUGUGCUUUGAAGUUCCUGCAUUUGUCCCACCUGGUGCUCCUGCUAAUGGUACUAAAAAUGGAUCUGAUGGCAAUGAUGCAAACGGUGAUGAUCUCAGCUUUAUGGAUUCCGAUGCAAAUGGUAAUAAUUCUAGUGAGUUGGGAACAUUGAAUGAAGCUCUUCAAGAUCUGCUUGAUGGAAUCCAAGAAGACUUCUAUGCAGUGGUAGAUUGGGCAUACAAAAUUGAUCCUCUGUGCUGCAUAUCAAUGCAUGGUAUCACAGAGCGCUACCUUUCUGGUCAGAAAGCUGAUGCAGCCGGAUUUGUGCGUAAGUUGCUUGAUGACUUGGAGUCAAAAAUAUCAACUCAGUUUGGCAGGUUUGUUGAUGAAGCUUGCCAUCAGAUUGAGAGGAAUGAACGUAAUAUACGACAAAUGGGAGUUCUAUCUUAUAUCCCAAGAUUUGCUACUCUCGCAACACGAAUGGAGCAAUAUAUCCAGGGACAUUCCAGGGAUUUGGUUGAUCAGGCAUACACGAAAUUAGUUAGCACAAUGUUUGCGACUUUGGAGAAAAUUGCACAAAGUGACCCAAAGUAUGCUGAUAUUGUACUCUUGGCGAACUAUGCAGCUUUCCAGAACAGUCUUUAUGAUUUAGCAAAUGUUGUGCCCACACUUGCGAAGUCCUAUCAUCAGGCUAGUGAAGCUUAUGAACAGGCUUGUACACGCCAUAUAAAUAUGAUCAUUUACGUUCAAUUUGAAAGAUUAUUUCAGUUUGCCCGGAAAAUAGAGGAUUUGAUGUACACAAUUACUCCUGAAGAGAUCCCUUUCCAGCUUGGACUUUCAAAAAUGGAUCUCAGGAAAGUGUUGAAAUCCAGCUUAUCUGGAAUUGACAAGUCAAUCAGUGCUAUGUUUAGGAAGUUACAGAAGAAUUUGACCUCUGAGGAGUUGUUACCUUCUUUGUGGGAUAAAUGCAAGAAAGAGUUUUUGGACAAGUAUGAAAGCUUUGUUCAACUGGUUGCCAAGGUUUACCCAAAUGAGACCAUCCCAUCAGUGGUAGAAAUGAGAGAACUUCUUGCUUCACAGUAAUAUACAUGUACAUGUCAAUGUUGUAACAUUUCCUGUUGUUGAGGUGAUGUAAUUUCCCCCUUUUGUUCUCCUUGUGCUAUUCAUUUCAUUCGAUUUGUAAGAUUUUUUUUUGCUAGUUUUUGGUGGAUAGUCAUAUUCUGCUGAUCUACGGGAACACCUGUAUGAUUGUGUGUGAUAUUAAGAGGCGAUUCUACUUUUUCUGGAAGAGAUGUUUAUCUCAACCAGUGAUGUGCUUAUGAUACUUUCCUUUCUUUCAAGUGUAUAAUCUACCAAAAUCCUAGACUUGAAAGACUUGCAUGGAUGGUUGUUGCACCAUCCUAAACAAGUAUGAAAGUUAAUCAUUUUUCAUUACAUGGAGAAUUAUCCUCGUUUAAGUAA